AUGAGCAGCAUAAACGAAAGACCAACUAUCCGCCAACAGAGCUCGGAAAAUAACUCAGUCAGCAGCAGCGAAUGGGACAUGGCGAAUGAUGUGUUUGUGUCCGGAUACGACGACGACCCGGUGGGAGACGGUGAUGUCGGCGGGCACAGGGACUUGGUCAGACACCUGCCGAUAUUGUCCCAGGACGGCAUGGUGCUCGGCCUGCCCGGGGACGAAUACGCGGCGGGUCUGGUAUCGGAGCCUCGUGGACAGAACCCCAACAGGGGGCCCGCGUAUCCGACAUUGGUCGAAGGGAACGCGGCGGCCGACGCCGACGAUAUCCCGCCGAAGAGCGGAGAGGGGCACACUCAGGGCGGAGAGAGGCACAGUCAGAGCGGAGAGGGGGACAGUCGGGGCGGAGAGGGGGACAGCGCGAGCGGAGAGGGGGACCGCGCCAGCGGCCGGGCGGAGCCGACGGCGCCGCGCGCCGCGUCGGAGGAGACGGGGGACUCGGACGCGGGCACAAGCGUGGAGGCGGUGUGCGUCCGAGGGGGGAUCUAUGAAGUAGAUAUCAGAGAGAAGGAGUGCUACCCCGUGUACUGGAACCAACAAGACCGUAUUCCUGUGAUGAGGGGCCAGUGGUUCAUUGAUGGAACAUGGCUUCCUCUUGAGGAGGACGAGAGUGAUCACAUCGAGAUGGAACAUCUCGCUCGUUUCCGGGGGCAACAAAUGAGGGACACCUAUGAGAUGGAGGUGGUAACCACCACAGUGGACAGCAAAGAUGCUAUCGACAGUCUGAAACUGAGCAGGAGUCAUGUGGACUGGCACAGCGUAGACGAGGUGUACCUGUACAGCGAUGCCACCACCUCCAAGAUUGCACGUACCGUCACUCAGAAAUUGGGCUUCUCUAAAGCCUCCAGCAGUGGGACACGUCUCCAUCGGGGUUAUGUAGAAGAGGCGGCACCUGAAGACACCCCACCUGAAACCACGCACAUUGUUUUUGUGGUUCAUGGUAUCGGCCAGAAGAUGGACCAAGGCCGCAUCAUCAGGAAUACCAGCAUGAUGAGAGACGCUGCCAGAAAGAUGGAGGAGAAGCACUUCUCCAAUCACACAACAGAGCAUGUAGAGUUCUUUCCUGUGGAGUGGAGGUCAAAACUGUCUCUUGAUGGAGACACGGUGGACUCCAUCACCCCAGACAAAGUGAGGGGUCUCAGAGAAAUGCUGAACGGCAGCGCCAUGGACAUCAUGUACUACACCAGCCCUCUGUACAGAGAUGAGAUCACUAGGGGAUUGACUCUGGAGCUGAAUCGUCUGUACACACUCUUCUGCUCACGAAACCCGGACUUUGAGAAAAAUGGGAAGGUGUCCAUAGUAUCACACUCUCUGGGCUGCGUCAUCACCUUUGAUAUUAUGACGGGCUGGGACCCGGUGCGCUUUCAUCACGAAGCAGAACUUGACCCGGAGGAAACAAAGGUUCGGUGGCCGAGUGAUGAAGAGCGUCACCUUCAGGAGCAGCUUAGAGUCACGCGCCUCAGGUUAAGGGAUUUGGAGAAUCAGUUCCAGGGUCUGCGUACCUCGAUUUGUGAAGUGCCUGCUUUAAAAUUCAAGGUAGAAAACUUCUUCUGCAUGGGCUCUCCUCUGGCUGUUUUCUUGGCGUUGCGUGGGAUCCGGCCUGGGAACAAUGGAGUACAGGACCACAUCCUCCCAACAUCUAUCUGCAAACGCCUCUUCAACAUUUUCCAUCCCACAGACCCUGUGGCAUACAGAUUGGAGCCUCUUAUCUUAAAGCACUACAAUAGAAUUGCACCGGUUCAAAUCCACUGGUACAACACCACCAGCCCAACACGGUAUGAUGAGAUCCGACAGACGCUGCUCAACCCAUCUCUCUCUGACUCAGAGAGCAUUCCCAGCCCCUGCACCUCCCCAACCCAGGCCAGACGGCACUAUGGAGAGUCCAUCACCAGCCUUGGGAAAGCCAGUAUUAUGGGUGCUGCCAGUCUUGGAAAGGGAAUAGGAGGAAUCCUGUUUUCCCGCUUUUCCCGUUCUGGUGGCCAGGUGGGAGGAGUGGAGGACGACCCAUCAUAUCCAGAGGGCGGGACCUCUGAAGUUGAAAAUGUGACUGAAGUAGACGCAGGAGCGGCUGUGGCAGAGAUUGAAGAAGAGGAAAAGGAACUAGAGCAGGGAAGGGCAGAGGUCGAGCCAGCCCUGUACCAGUCCGCCUCAGCUGUCCUGGAAAACACCUCCAUGGAACUGGAAAGACGCAUCGACUUCGAGCUGAGGGAGGGCUUGGUGGAGAGCCGCUAUUGGUCGGCGGUGACCUCACACACGGCCUAUUGGUGCUCUUAUGAUGUGGCGCUGUUCCUCCUCACCUUCAUGUACAGACCACAAGAGCCUUUCGAACCUGCAGAAGACAACCUUGAGAUGUCAUAACAUGGAAACUGGACACUAGUUUGGGUCAUUUCACUUUCAAUCACACCUUUGUAGAUAUAGAUUGAAAGACUCAUUUAGGAAAUAAUGCAAAUACACAUUGUAAAGUCAUGACAAUUUAACAUUUUUAAAUAUAUUAUUGGGAAAUGUGAAAUAUUGGAAAUGUAAUUAAUUGUGUUCGUCCUUAGCUACCUUAGAUCUGUGUAGGCUAUCCCCUCCUAUUUACGGUUUCCAAUUAGUGUUCUUCACCAUCAUCAUGAGCCACAACUGGGCUGAAUUCAAAUUGUCAAAUAAAUGACCUCCUAAUGUCUAUUAAGUGGUCAAGGACAGGUCGAGGACAUUAAAGUAUGUAGUUAUGCGACGGGAGACGCAUGUUAGUGACAUCAGUCAGCAACACUGAAACUACAAAACUACUGGUUUGCUUUAUAUUUACAUAUAUAUAUAGAUAUACACACAUAUAUAUACAUAUAUAUACAUACACACACACAUAUACACAUAUAUAUAUAUGAUAUAUAUGUGUAUAUAUAUGAUAUAUGUAUGUAUAUGUGUAUAUAUAUUUAUAUAUAUAUGUUUAUGUGUAUAUAUACAGUAUGUAUGUAUAUAUAUAUAUAUAUAUAUUAUAUAUAUAAGAAAAACAAAACAUUUUUUAAUUGCAACAGUCAAGGACAAUGCCAGCUGCAUAAUGUGACAUGCGCACACUCCUGGUUACCACUCUAAACGUAAACACGUUUUGAUAUAUAUGUGUAUACAUAUGUAUGAUAUAUAUAUGAAUGAGAUAUAUAUGUAUAUGUGUAUAUAUAUAUAUAUAAAGAAAAACAGUCAAGGACAAUGCCAGCUGCAUAAUGUGACAUGCGCACACUCCUGGUUACCACUCUAAACGUAAACACGUUUUGAUUAAACGUAAAUAUCCAGAGUUACGCUACAUAGACAGAAAACGCAAUUAUUAUAGGUUUACAGACCCUCGCAUCACUGCUACUCAAUGAGCAGUGACCUUCAGUUGAAGGCUGUAGCGACAAAGGAAGGAAAGGAAUUACUGCUAAAAAAAAAAAGAUACUAUCCGGUUAUGCUACUGUAAUAUUAACCCAUGUGUUGUAUCAUGUUUACAUUGAACUGUUGUUUAUGUCUGGAAUAAAGGACAUGAUACCUUUUAUAUAACUUUUACUUAACUCUCCGACUCGCUCCCCCGACUCCUCCAGUCGACAGCAUCACUGACCUCCCUUCCCCAAUGUACUUUCAGUUCCAUCCCUUCUUCAUAUGGAAGCCAGAGAACUAUUUAAUGGCUAGAUUGAGGAUCAAUUACACCCUGCCGUGCAUUGAAGGCUGUGCCCGGCCUUAAGUUGCCUCUGCAGGUCUGGGAAGACCUCGUGUCAUUGUUGGUGUCACCGGACAGUAUUACCUGUUGUCAUCUAGGCUGUGCUGCAAAGUCUGCAAGAAGAGGUGGUACGCUGACAACCUACUGUGGCCAGAAAAACUUCCAAAGAGGUUCACAAACCAGCCAGCCGUACAGACCUACAAGAAGGCACUCUGUAAGUCAGUCGUGGACGAGCUCAGGCGGACGGGUAACUCACCAACCGACAUGACCAAGCAGAUCAUAGAGAUGAUGCACGUGAAAUUUGAACGUGCUCACCUGGCCUACCUCCUCAGCUGGGCAGGAAAGUCCGACCAAAGAACCAUCACACAGUUCCUCUGGCAGGAAACAAAGCCAGCCUCCUUCGGACAGUAUGGGGAUUCGGAUGGCGGGAACGGAAUCUCUGUGUCUUCGCACUACUUGACUGACUGCCUAUUGCAUGAGUACCAUCACCAGGAGAGUGCCAUCAACACACAACUGUAGGGUACUGCAGACCUUUGGACAGGCUUUCUGCUCAGAUCACACACGCAAAGUUGCGAGGAAGGUCAUCUUUUCAUCCGGCACCAUGUCCUCAUAUGUGGUCAUGAACGAGAACUGGAUGAUCCUUUCGUGUGUGAUGGUGCAAUCUGAGACGAAGAAGUCCCGGAAGCCCAUGUACGAGGGACUGGCACAGCGCUACAGCGCUGCAGGCAUAGAAAAGGCACAAUAUCAAGAUUGCUGUGUUGUAUUCAAGGUGGCAGAGCAGUUUGCAGGAGAGCAUCUGAACUGGGAUUCUUGGAAAACAACAGAUGCAAUCGUUGCCGAUGUCACUUCUGGUAACCUCCGAAACCCAUGUGCUUCAAGAUCACAUUUUAAUGCAAACAUUAAUAUCAAGCUGGACUUGUUUUACUGCAUGAGGCGGUUCCUCCGUGAGUGUGUGUCGGAGCAUCACAGCCUGUGCAGUUUCUUUGCUCAGUUCCUCUCUGCAGCCUUUUUUUGUGGUGGAUCAGGAAGACCUGCAGCGGCUUAAAGAAGCCUACACCUUCUGUGGUAUUCUGCCUGCCAACCCGACCAAGCAACACAUCCGAGAGCACUGCAGGAUCAGAAUUCCGCUGCCUGAGGAGCUCAUCAAGAGAGUCAAGGGAGUUUUCCAGCAGUUUCACCUGGCAAGUGACCCAAAUGGCGCUCCUCUCUGCAAGCCCUCAGACAUGGCGGAUUCAGAGAGUACACAGCCUGUGGGGCUGCCUGAGUGAUCCUGGGGUGGAAGGUGGGAUUUUGUACAGGAAUGGAGGAACAUUGCAGCUAAAUCAUGUGCAGGGUGAAGGGGCCAAAGUUCCUGUUUGGAUCCCCAUCAGAGGCACAUCCCAGCAGGAGGGCUUUCACUUCCACCAGGCUCAGUGGGUCACUGGAACACGUGUUUCCACGGAGGUGUUCCGAGCUCAGGGGAUGACUGGGGUGGCACGGUGGAAUUACCAGUGCCUCGUGGACUUACAGCAGCCUGGUGUUAACCUCCCAGCUGUUUUUGAUCCAGCAUUGAUUGGACACAGUCUCUGAACGGGUCUUGGGGCAUGCAAAGUAUCCAGCUUUUUAUCCCGCUAGCAGACACUGGAGAGAAGUUCGACCUACAAUACGUUGAGCCUGGUUGCCGCCCAGUUCCUCUGGACUGGAACAAGCACAAGAGAAAGACAUAUCACCCCCAGGCCCGGAAUCCACCUGCUAAAAGUGAUCCACUCGCUACCCAGUCGGAGGUUCCUCCGUCAUCCUCACUGGCACCAUCAAGGUUGUUCCAGUUUUCUCCAUGCCCCCCUGCCGAUUCUGCUGUGAAACCAGAUGUGAGUCCCAGAACAACGUCAGGGCCUCGGGGAGAGCCAGAAACCCCACGUCUGCCCUCACCAGCUGGUGCUCGCACUGGACCUGUGAAGACAGGAGGGAGAGUGUUUGUUUUGGACCACAAACGAUGGCUGAUUCUGCAGCGUCAUUCCUCAUUGAGAAAUUGGCAACACUGGUUCAAUAAAGACUCUCUUCGGGACUUUUCAAUUGUUACUAAUCACGAUAACUACAGAAUAAAUACCACCCGGAACGUAUUUUAUCUCUCUAGGAGUUUGAUUUAUUUCGGACUCGGAAACACCGAAGAUAAUUUAGACUCCGCUAAAAGUCGGACGUCCUUGUCCUCCCUGUUUGUUAUGAGAGUGGAGUGAGAGGGUGCAAGUGUCUCUGUAGAACGUUUACAGUUCUAAGAUAUUCACAGAUUCAGACUGGUUUAAUAGCUGGUCAGCGAGAGGUUGUUAAACUGUGUGGCCCUAGACCGUAGUCACCAAGUUAUAACUUUUAAUCUCAUCAUUAUCUCAUAAUUUUGACGUUCUUAAGGGUUAGGGUUAGAAAAAAGUGGGGGUAUAUAUAUUUUAUAAAACUGUUCAAUUGUUAAAAUGUUUCAUUAUUUAUAAUUGUCUGAGACUGUCAAGUUCAAAUGUGAAACAGAAAAGGGGAAAUGUGAAGAUUUCUUCCCUUUAUUUUAUUGUAACACAAUUUUCACAUCUUAUUUAUUUUUUUAUUUUGAAAGGCAGCACUACUUUCUUAGUUAUUGAUAGAACAUUAUUUAUAUUUGCAAUCUUACACCUAAGUUCAGUUCUUUUUACGUGGCAAUAAAUACUGUCAAAGGGGUUCUGAAUUGUACUGAAUUAAUUUGAUUUAUCAGCUGUGUAUUGAUUAAAUGCAAAUGUUGA